AUGAUCCGGGCACUUCCCCGAAUAGCGGGUUUUCGGGCGUGCUGGGGGCAUAGCGCGCCGUAUAGACUUUACCACAACGUUCCAAGGACUGCAGGAGUGUCUAUGGAGCAGCAAAAUGGUGCACAAGACGGCCUGCCAGAUAGUGCGCUGAACCCUGCCGAUUACAGUUCUGUGGUGAGAACGAUCCCCGACAACGCACCAGACACAAAAGUGCUGUAUACUCUGUCGGCGCGAUAUUUUCCUCUGAACCUUAAAGUGUCCAUUUUCGACACGCUCAAGGCCAAGUCGAUCCCGGCCAAAAACGUGCUUUUCGUGGUCACCUUUGCGGACCAGGUUCUGGAUACGCCUCUAGAGCGGGACGCCGAUUUGCAGAAUCUGCGUGAAAGCUACGCGCGCUCGUUGAACGGCUACUUGUCGCUCUACAGCUCGCAAACGGUAGACCAGGAAAAUGUCAUGGUGACAAGCAUAAAGUAUCCCCGGUCGGUCGCUAAACUGUUUGAAAAGCUCAUCCAGACAGAACACAACCAGACGUACUACGUGAUUGGCCAGACAAACACAGGCAAAAGCUCCUUGGUGCAGCGGCUCAUCCUUGAAAGCAACGACUACGGGUCCGUCCCUGUGGUGCCCAAGGUCUCAGCAAAGCCAUGCUCGACCCGUCGCAACGGGACGUUUGUUUGUUCGUAUUUCGGGCUCACUUUCGUGGACACGCCGGGGAUGCUCCCGAAAACACACAGCAUCUAUGCUGUGCUGCGUCCCCAGCUCCGGCAGAGCGUAUUGUCGUGGGGAGCUACCAACUCCAUUCGGACCCGUGAAUUUGUGUUCACGGACACAGAGCAGGUGGUGGGGCUCGGCCCGUGCGUGGGUAUAUACUCGCCCGACUACAGAGGACCGCUGGCGUUGAGACAGUAUUUCUGGGGCCCAGCAAAAAUGUUUAGAGACCUGGCAGAGUGGCAGGCCCAGCUUGCGGACCACAGGUACGUUAGCAGCUCGCCGUGGACAGCAUACAAAUUGCACGCUUCUGGCGGCCCAUGCGACCUGGUUAUCAGCAACCUAGGCUUUGUCAGGUUCGAGAAAGGAUGUGCUGCGUUGACCGUCUACGUUCCUUCGUGUCUUCGUGUUGUUCAGCGGUUCUAUACACAGGAACACCAUUAUUAUAAAGAGCUGGAUCUAGAAGCUGAAGCUACCUCUUAG